AUGGCACUUCCCACGGACCAAAGCACUGAAACCCAGCCCCCGAGCACGUCGGCUCCGGCCCAUCAGCCACCUUCUCCAAGCCAACAGCUCCCCAUGUCCGCAGCUUCUCAAGUAGAAGUUGUAUCAAGUACUGAGAGCAAGGUGGAAAACUUGUCAACAAUAAAGCCUACACCAUCGGCGGCAUCCUCAACCAAAGACUCUAAACCAGUGGCUCGAGUACUAUAUGACUUUGCGGGACGAGAGCCAAACGAGCUCAGUGUAAAGGCCGGUGAGAUUAUCGAGAUUGUGCAGAAAGAGGUCAACGGCUGGUGGUUGGCCAGGAGCGUCCAGGGCCAAGCAUGGGUUCCAUCCACUUAUGUCGAUGAGGUCGUACCAGAAGCUCCAGCGCUUGCACGACAACAAGAUCCACAGCCACUAAUUUCGGUGAAUCCCUCUCUAGUUAAGACUAAGAGAAAGAAAAAUAGUCGAAGAGUCUCUCAGAAUCACAAGCAACAAGACGUCCAGCAUGGAACAAGCGAUGAUGCGUUCGAUUCAAGGGAUUCUGAUACUUUUGAAAUCGAAGAAUCUAUGAUUGAUUAUAGCGAUGAAGAACAACAGGAUCGCGUGGGAUCCGUACGCAGUGACGCCCAGGCAUCUCCGGCCCCAAGUCAACUUCUUCACCAUGUGCCCACACAGCAGACUCAACCAUAUGAGCAGCCGCAACUCGACAUCGGCAGGCCUACUAGUGUGACCGCUGGUUCAGUUCCUCAGCUUGGGUACCAACAACCUCUACAUGUACCAGGACAUCGUGAAAUGCUAGAGAUGCAUGAAGCACGCCGGCAACAGCGAUUGAGGUUGCGGCAGCAGCAAGCUCAGGCUCAGGCUCAGGCGCAGGCGCAGGCGCAGGCGCAGGCUCGGACCCAGGCCUUGAGGAUGGGUCAAGGGGACUCUUCUCAGGCCUCGCAGAGUGAUGCAUCAAGCCUCACGAGCGCUACCCGAGACGGAAUGCAACAAUCAGUUCACGAUCACAUGGCUCCAGGCAUGGCUCAUAAUCCUAGCCAAUCCAGCCCUACCAUUACCAAGGACAUGACGAACUACUUGGCCCCAGAGCUCUCACCUGAAGGCAGUGCCAUGAAUCAAGAAUCUGAACAGCCGCAUAUUUCCGCAGAGAAAGACCCAAACAGUGACAACGAGUCGUUUCUGGAGGAGCAACAGCUUCCUACCUCUAAGGCUAGAUCAAAGACGCGGAGUGAUUUCCCGUCUCGGGCUUGGCUUGCUUCUAUAGGCCUGCACGGUUUUGAAUUCUCUGAUUCAGUCACGUAUCCGACACCUGCAGAUGCUCCAAAAGCUGGUGAUUCAAUAAAUGGUUUCGCAAUGGGCCCUGAAUUUGCUAUAAGCGAUUCUUUACUGGAAAGUUUAUCAGAAAUGCCACCGCCUCCAAGCCCCAAGAGUGUCUCUGUCCAUGGCUACCAGCCGUCAAGUGGCCCUAUCAUGUUGUCAUCAAAGCAUGACUUGUUGGCUUCAGAUGAGCCUGAUAAGAGAAGCAAAGGCAAAGAGGUUGAAGGUUUUCUCGAAACGAGCACACCGAGCAGCUCUCUGACAGCGCGCUCGUCUGCCGUGAGUGGUGUCAAUAGUCAAAGAAGAGGUGAACCUUUACCACCCUUCAUGGUCGACAAUGCCAGAGAUCCAAUUGCCGUGAAAAGAGCCCGCAACACGUUGGCUGCUCGCAAAUCCCGCGAAAGGAGAGCUCAGAGAUUGGACGACUUGGAACAAAAGAUAGCAACACUCGAGGCGGAACGGAAUCAUUGGAAAGAGGCUUUUUUGGCAAUGGGCCAAGACAAAUCCAAUGAGGACACAACUGGUGCAUCGGUCAAUGACAAACAUGAAUAA